AAAUUUAGUGUCGGGUGAUAAAAAGACUACCUUCGCAGGAACAGGCUUCACCGGAAACGGGUAUUGAUCAGAAGCAUGAAUAAUCCAGCUCUGUGGUCGCGCUCCCAUUAGCUUUCUUUUAUUCAGCACAAGAGGGCAUUACGGCACUCUACAUAGGAUUCUAUGUACAGACGAGGAUAAAGAAGAAUUUCCCGACAAUUUUACACGAUUUCGAAAGCAGAAUUAGAAGAAAGGAUAAUAUUUCUUGGAUGUGAAGUUACAACAGAGCUACAGUGAACCAAAAUCUUCGUUUAGUUCUUGGCAAUCAUUGGUAACACCAUACUCUUUUCUUUAUAAGUUAAAAAAUUGCCUGGAAGCAGGCCUAAACACCGCACAGUCCCAUCCUUUACCUUUUGCUGUAUGGCGAAUGGUCGGGGAUGACGAGUGUAUAAAACCUAUUCCUGUGCACUCCUGUCUCAAAAAUUACAAAUACAAUGAGGGGGGAAAGCAUACUUCAAAGUUGAUUUCGAUGAUUCAUGGUCUCUUGGACUAGAAGGCUUUAUCUGAAUGAAACUUUCCAAACAGAAGGAGACGAUGGGGGGUGUUUGCGGCCCUAGUCGAUUCACCAGCAACGGAAUCAGAAUCUCUUUACCAGCAGCUGUCACUAUCACAUCUUGGAUCAUCAUCGUUGGAUUCAUGUUGAGUAUAUUAUGUGCUGUACUCAUCAACUUUGAAGAUACAACCGAAACGCAUUGUCAUGUUGCAAACUUCCUUCCUUCCUUCAGCGCAGCCAUCGCAACAGCGCCCUCAUCAUAUAUAUGGCGGCUGACAGUGACACUGAGUUCAACGCAGAGAGUGACCGCUGUCUUUGGUCACUACUCGCUCUUCUCAAGCCUUCCUGAUUCCACUGGAUUAUAUAAGUUUCUAUGCCGGUUCUGUGCGGCCUUAGAGAUGACCGAGAAUCUAGCCCUCAUAGGGCUCACGUGUGUAUCAUCACGAGAGUUAUAUGAAAUUCACGAGAUAUUUUUUAUAACAUUCCAAGCAAGUUCCAUGUUUUACAUGAUGUUCAUGUGCCUCCUCUUUCGAUUGGCAACUAACCUUGGUCCAUCACCAACUAAAGAAGAGCGGCACAUUCUUUAUAAAAAGCUUGCCCUUUUCUUCACAAACUUGGUGGCGUUUAUCUCUGCUCUAUACUUCUUCUUCAGACAUAACUGGUACUGUGAACCCGGAGUAUACAGUUUAUUUGCCCUGUGUGAAUACCUGGUAGUCAUCACAAAUAUCAUCUUUCACAUCGUAGUAUCAUCAUACUUUGAGGAUAGAGAGCUCAGACUCGGAUGCAGGAUAAACAGCAAGAAAUGAAAACUUGAUAUGAAUCUACAAUAUCAACAUCCAUGACUUAAGGAAAGAAAUCAGUAUCUUGUCAUCUUCACAGAGAACGUUGCUCUGAGCCAAUCGGAUUUUAAUAGCUUUUAACACAUUGUUGGAAAUUACUGACCAUUUGUUUUGUGAAACGCUCCCCAGGAAAACCGAGGAUGAUGCUAUGCAAGGCAGGUGAAUGGAAAUGAAAGUAUAAAUGAGAGUUUUUCACAAGGCUGUCCAUUGGCUCAAUACACACAAGUUUAUGCAUGAUUGUUGGUAUGUACCUAGUGCUUGUGGGACUUGCCCCUAAUCCCACUGAUGUUUCACCAAAGUGGGACCGAAAUUUAUAUUAUGCUUAUAAAUUUUUGACAGUAAAUGAAGAGAAUUUAUUCUACAAAAUGGGAUAUCAACUUUAACUGAUGGGGGUUAACAAGGUUGAGAGGCUGAUCUAGCACUCAGAACGUGUUCAAGUGUCAUGUAUAGUUGUGUGUAACUUACACACAGAUUAUGAAACAUAGCCAGUGUGGUUAAGAAAUUAAAAUUGGAAUACAGAAAAUGUUCAAAGUAUUACUUAAUGCUGCAAAUACCUGAUAAUUACAUAUCGCCUCUUGCCAUAUAUUUUGAUGAAUUACACCAUGUUUUUUCCCUCUUUUUAUUUAUUUAUUUAUGUUAUCGUUUUUUUUAAGGCUGAAUGGUUUUAGCAGUUGCAUUGCAGGAAAAUGGGAAUAUUCUCUCUUGUGUAUAUUUAAAAAAAAAAUUCAUCACAGCCAAAAAUUAUGCCUCAUCAGAACUUGCAGAUGGCAUUGUGUCUGAUGAUGUAUGUCGUAUCUUGCAGCACCGUAAGUGAAUGCCUAUUACAAUAGGUAAACUUCUAACAAAGUAUGUUUCUCAUAUACACCCAUACCAAUCAUAUAAAGCUCUUCAGCAGAAAUAAUACUGACCAAAGCUUGCCUGGCAUUGCAACGAAUAUUACUGACUAUGCUCUGGAAUAUAAGAUAGAUAUUUCUUCAAGUUCAAGAAAUUAUGUUUAUAGCAUGGGCUUAGAAGAGAAAUAGUGUUGACAAUUGAAACAUUGUCGGAAUUUUGCCUGACAUAGCAGUUAUCAUGGCGUACACUAUGCAAAGUAGGAUAGACCAAACAUCCUUUCACACGGUAAAAAAAUUGUAAUUUGAAUGAUGAUUCUAGUGAAAAAUAAGGCUAAUGACGAAUAUUUAG